AUGGUGAGACAUAAGUGUCGUAUUGCUCUGCGCCAUGCCAUUUCCUCAGAUGAAUAUAAGAUCUUGGGGAAUCUGCUUGGAACUAUUCUAGUGAACUCUAAUGACUAUGAGGAUGAGGGCAUCCUUGGAUUUUCUGGUAUGGUGCCACGCCCUUUGGACUUCCGCACAAUUGAUAUAAGGUUGGCUAUGGGUGCUUACUGUGGAUCUUGGGAGACUUUUUUUGAGGAUGUGCAAGAGGUAAUCCGUAAUCUGUAUGCUGCAUGUGCCAAUCGAACAGAUAUAGUGGAAAUGGUUGCAGAAUUCUCUAAGAGUUUUGAAUUGUAUAAGACAGAGGUGCUUGACCUUGUUCAGAGAUUUGAUUGUUACCUCUCUAAUGAGAAUACUGGUUCAGAAAUCCAUGAGGAGCUACAUGAUAUUCUGACUGCAGCGACCAAAUUACCUAAAGCUCCAUGGGAGGUGGGUAUUUGCAAAGUAUGUGGCAUUGAUAGAGACGAUCACGUUGUUCUCUUGUGUGAUGACUGCGACGCAGAGUACCAUACUUAUUGCCUGAAUCCACCACUAGCUCAUAUACCACGAGAAGACUGGUUCUGCCCAUCAUGCAUGUUAAAGCCAGAGAGAUCACAUCUUGACCAGGGUGCUCAGGAUUUUAAGCGACAACGAAAAGGAGCAGAGUCUCAUGCCUAUCAUGACAUGCUUAUUAAGUUAGCUGCAGCAGUGACACAAAAGGAGUACUGGGAGCUUAGCACACAAGAGAGAAUAGAUAUGCUGAAAUUUCUUUGUGAUGAAAUGCUCAACACAGUCCUGAUAAGAGAACAUAUAGGAAAAUGUCCAGAUAAGUUCAAUGAUCUCCAGAAGAAGUUUUAUGCUUUGAAUUAUGAAUUGAAGGAUUUGAAAGAUAAGGAGGAAAUGAGGACUUCAUAUGGUGAAAUGGAUAUAUCGGACCAGAUUUCAAAAGUGCAGGAGUCAAUUGGCACAGUAGAGUCGGAGCUUAAUAUGGCAUCCCUGAGAAGAGAUUUUCUGGGAAAGGAUUCCUUGGGUCGACUGUACUGGGUGUUAGGACGCUCUGGUAAACGUCCUUUACUGGUCGCUGGUGGGUCUACUUCUGAUUGUAAAGGGUGGAAUUCUGCAUCUGCCAUUGUUUAUGAAUCGGAUGAAGAAAUCCGUAGCCUUGUUGACUGGCUAAGGGAAUACGAUCCAAGGGAGAAGGAGCUGAAACGAGCUAUCCAGCAGUGGCAGUGGCAGCGGCUGAGGCAUCUUAAUCACCAGCUGGGUAAUUUUGUUCUCAGUGAUCCUCCAGUAUCAUCCAAGGGGUCGUCGAACAGCAGCGAGCAGCAGCUUAUGGAACUUCCCAGUACCAAGGCUGCAGCAAUUUUGGGGAAAACAUGCCGCUGCGACUGCUUAGAGCCUAUAUGGCCAGCUCAACAUCACUGCACAGCAUGUCACGAGACUUACUUCACAUCAACGGAGUAUGAAGAUCAUGCUGGAAAGUGCAAUGGACAUGUCAACAAGGAGAAGGAUUCUGUUCAUCCUAGCCCCACCUCUGACUCCACAAAACCGAUGAAGUCAUGCCCUUAUAACUUUGAAGAGAUUUGCAGAAAAUUUGCCACCAAUGAUUCAAACAAGGAGAUAGUGAAGGAUAUUGGACUUAUUGGAUCAAACGGAGUUCCGUCUUUUGUCCCUUCGCGUGCAGCUUUUAUUGAUCCUCCAGUCAUUCUGAAUAAAAACGAAAAGCAAGAUGACAUCCCAAAUGAUGAUUGGGUUUCCAACUCCUUAGUGGAAUGCCAGGCAAUGUCUGCACAAAAGUUAGGGCAGGAGAGGUCCAAUUCUGCGCAAAAUUGUCCUGCAGGUAGUACUUCCUGUGAUGAAAAUGUGUCAAAAUCUAAGGAGCCAGCCCCUGAUACUGACACUACUUCCAGUGACGAAGCAGCAUCUUCUGCAACAGACAAGCCAACAACAAGAUUGCUAGCUGUUAACGGUGGCUUGGUUCCGGAGUCAUCAUUGAGGCCUGUUACAGGAAGAAACUCACAUAUCCUAAAGCAACAGAAGAUAAAUUUGCUUGAUAUAGAUGCAGCGCUGCCCGAGGAAGCUUUGAGAGCCUCAAAGUCUCAACAAAUGCGAAGGCGUUCAUGGCGUGCUUUCGUCAAACAUGCAGAAUCAAUAUCCAAGAUGGUAUUGGCGACCAGCAUGUUGGAGAGAGUGAUUAAAUCCGAGUUCUUGAAGAAUGAUUGGUGGUACUGGUCCUCCUUCACAGUAGCUAUCAAGACCUCAACUGUAUCCUCGCUCGCUCUCAGGAUUUACACUCUCAACGACUGUAUCAUGUACACCAAGGAGCCUAACACCGUGGCGCCGGCUGACAGUACAAAGAUUGUGAACAGGGGGCAAACAAUGGAGCAGGCGUUUCCAGAUUCGCAGCAACUACAGUGGCAGGUGGCCGUGUGCUCCGGUGUGGAGGAGACCCAACUGGUGACGGCAGCAACAACCAUAGAGGAUGACCUCUGA